AUGGAGCGCGAUCAGAGUGUGUUCGCCACGAAGGUGAGGGAGCAGAUCAAUAUCUGGUUCGAUGAGAAUAUCGACAAGCAGUUCGACGCGCGCUUCAGAAUGCGAUUCAACGAGGAGUUCGGAGAUGCACUCAAACCGCGAUUCGACGAGAUGGCAGCUCUUGUCCGGGAGAAGACGGUCGAGGAGGUCCGCACCAGAGUGUCCGACACUGUUGAGCGAAAGAUCGUCAGCCCGACACUGAACGAUAUAUUGGAAAGAACGAUCGCUCAGGUGCGCGCUGGUGAGAACAGCCCCUGCAACCCCAGCGCUUUGCCAUCUCCCAAGGCAGACGAGGGGGGGAGCGAUGAAGUGCUCAAUCAAUUCGAAGACGUACUCUACAAAAAUUGCUGCGAGGAAGUCAAGAGUGGGGGGAGAUUCGAAGCCAAAUUCAAAGCCGCAUUCGAAGCAGCAUUCAUUGAAGCGUUCCCUGAGAUCUUUGACGAGAAAUUUGACGAGGUUCGCGCCAGUGUCUUUGGGGCAGAUUCCCCUUUGUGUCCUUGA